UCGGACCUUGAUGGCUUGCUUGUUGUGACUUCACUUCAUCUCGCUCACGAGGCGAAGAGCAUCAAUUGGCGACAGUGCGUACGGCAUAUCGCUCGUUGACUGAUCAUGGAGCUGGAGUGGCCCAUCUACUGCCCAGUGGCGGCUUUUGAAAAUGUCUCUUCGCCCAAACAUCACCUUUCCCUGGAGCCAUUGGCCUGACAAACCAGAUAGCCAGCGUUCAUUCCUGCAUUGCCGAUCCCGACUACGAGACCUUUUGAAUCUCCUGCAAAGCAAGAGCCACUCAAGGCACAGCGAAAAUGCUCUCCAGAGAUGCCUUCGAGUCAUUACUCCAUGCCGUGGACACAUUUAUUAUAGACGGCGCGCUUGCCACUGAGCUUGAGGCUCGUGGUCACGAUUUGAACCAUCCUCUCUGGUCUGCGAAGAUCCUUCAAGACGACUCAGCCAGCAUCGAACAAGUCCAUCUUGAUUACUUCGCUGCGGGAGCAUACAUCGCUAUCACAGCUUCUUACCAAGCUGCUACCGAGGGCUUGACUAAGCAUCUACAGCUGAGCGAAGCUGACGGAAAGGAACUCGUCAAGCGCAGUGUUGAAGUGGCUAGGCAGGCUCGCGACAAAGCUUACACGAGCGUCGUUGGUCGAAACAGGCCGUUACUCAUAGCAGGCAGUGUCGGACCAUAUGGCGCAUACCUUUCGGACGGAUCUGAGUACACGGGUGCUUAUACGUUGACGGCUGAGCAAUAUAUGGAUUUCCAUCGCCCCAGAAUCGCCGCGCUGGUAGACGCCGGUGUUGACCUCCUCGCGAUCGAGACGAUACCAAACAUCGAUGAGAUCAAAGCGUUACUGGUGCUGCUCGAGAGAGAAUUCCCCGCUGCUAUUGCAUGGCUCGGCUGCACGGUCAAGGAUACUGAACACCUCGCGGACGGCACACCCUGGCAAGAGGCAGUCGCCGUGGUGCAGCAGCAUUCUGAACAGGUCGUGGCUUUCGGCAUCAACUGCGUGCCCAUGGCCAUUUCUGCAGAAACCCUCGGAAACAUACACAAGUUGACGAAGAUGCCCCUUAUUGCUUAUCCAAACUCUGGAGAGGUGUGGGAUGCGGUGAGCAAGACCUGGCAUGGUCAACGCGCAGAAGACAUUCUCAAUACGAAAGAGAGAGCUGCUGCUUUGGCGAAACUUUCUGCUGAGCUCGACAGCUGGACAGCGAAUGGCGCAAGACUGAUAGGCGGUUGCUGUCGGACUGGUCCAGCAUACGUGCGAGCUGUGCGGAAUCACUUUGAACGACAAUGAGCGAUCUGUCGGCGCACGUACAACUUGUGGGUGCACGAUCGUAUGAGAACUGCCACUUUUGCUCGCAAUAGGCAGGCUCUGUGAUUAUCUCCUGCACAUUCUUGAUAAGUCUGCCAAGGAGUGUUGCAUGGCAGGGCCAGCAAUAGCUCGAAUGUAUUUGGAGAGGAUUCAGCAGGUACCUGCGCUAGCUGUAGCACGCCAUAUCAUAUUCCCCGCCCGAUACAGCUACACAACAGCUCAAUGAUAUAUAAAUAAGAUGGCUACAAAGAUAACCGAAGCAUUCUCCAGAGCAAGCCCCACCAUACAUCGUCGUCUAAUCUAUUAAUCUCAAAACGACGUUCAGACAGAUAGAAUUCUACUGUAAAUCUUUU